AUGGACAAAUCCUGGAUGGAUAAACAUAGGUUGUCUCCAGAAUAUGAACAAGGUGUUGAGAAAUUCUUGAGAUAUGCCAUCGAUCAUAUUCGUGACAGUAUGGAUACUGAUGAGAUAGAUGAUGAAAUUGAGAUAUUAUGUUCGUGUAGGGAAUGCAUGAACACUGGUUCUCUGCCAGUGCAUAAAGUGAGAAUUCACCUGUAUGUUAGUGGCAUCAAUCGAAACUACAAGAAUUGGAUUUGGCAUGGGGAAGAGGUUACUGCUAAUUCUAGGUCGUGUACUUCACAUGACGAUUUCCAAUAUGCGCAUGGUGACGAUGAGGAUGAAAUGGAGCUACCUGAAGAUGCUGCAGCAACAAUAGAUAUGGUUCAGGCUGCACAUGAAGAGUUCACAGGGGAUCCAGAUAGUUUCCAAAAGUUGAUUGAAGAUGCAGAAAAACCACUUUACCCAAGUUGUUCUUCGCAUACAAAGGUAUCGACAUUGAUUAGGCUAUUCAACAUAAAAGCAAAAGGUGGUUGGUCCGAUAAGAGCUUCACAGAAUUACUCCGUGAAGUUAAAAGCAUGCUCCCACCAAAUAACGAGUUGCCUGAGUCUAUGUACGAAGCUAAGAAAACUCUUAAUGCAUUAGGGAUGGAAUAUGAGAAAAUACAUGCAUGUCCCAAUGAUUGCCUGCUUUUCAGAAAGGAUUAUAAAGAUGAUAAUACUUGUCGGACCUGCGGAGCUUCUAGAUGGAAGAAGGCGCCAUCUGGUACGAGUAAAGGGGUGCCUGAGAAAGUGAUGUGGUAUUUUUCACCUAUUCCUAGAUUUCGAAGGAUGUUUCGGUCACCAAAGACAUCAAAACACCUGAUAUAUCAUAGCCUCCCAAGAGUUGAAGAUGUUCUGUUGGUGGCAAUUAUAGUUGUUGGCCGGUAA